UCUUCCGCAGUGUAUUUAUUGUUUGUUCUGCACAAUGUCCGUAUCACAACCCUCGCUCUCGGGCAGCACAAGCCGCCUUGUCAAGCGACCCCCCACCGAUCACUCUAAGCCUCCUGCUGCGAUAAUCUCGACGCAGCCGCUCAAGCCGCGGAAGAAGCUACAGAAGAAUAGCAACCGGGCAACACGAUCUAACGUCGUCACUCCGCCACCCCACCCAACCGGGAGUCUGAACAGUAGCGCUUCAAGUCUCCCUAGUUUCCCGGCGGUUCCCCAACACGCAGGACCGCCUAUCCAGCGGUCUCUACCCUCGCCGGACUUGAGCGAUCCGAUAUGGACGGAGUACCUUCGAUCUAGCGGACUCACGCAGGUUGGCCCUCCAGAUACUUCAGACACCCCAGCGCGACGACGGCCAGAAGGAAGGGAUGUCGACGAGCACCAGCUGCAGGGGCCGAACCACGUAUCCCCCGUGCUUUCCGAGUUUUCCCACUUGGCCAUUCGAGAUGCAUCCUCUCGUCCAUCUCUCGACAGCUCCGCCGCGAGCUCUCCCGCUUCAUUAGCAAGCACGGUGUCGACGAUGAGACGCGGCGCCAAGACCCCCGUCUUCUCCAUAGGGCAGCUGGAGGCAAACCCCGGACUUUGUACAGGCAACGAGUUCGAGUUGAGUGCGGCGAACCAGACCAGUGCGCAGUCCAGGGCAUACCCGGGCAUCUCCGAUGCCGACCCGAUAUUCCCAUACAGCAGCUCAGGACUUGAUUCAUAUCCGUCGGUCAAAGACCAUCACCAACCAAUCCAGACUGUAGAUGCCGAACAUACCCGGGCCGGCUGGCCAUCUACCUCCAUUUCCAUGCCGCCACCCUCGCCAUAUAAGGCUUUGGACCCUUCUCCCGUUCCUGACGAGGGCACAUUCGUCGAGUUCGACGAGGAAGCAAUAUAUUUUAAACCCUUGUCCUUUCCCGCCGAAUCCACCUCUCCGCUGCAGAAGCAAGACUCUGAUGAUCACCCGCGGCUGUCUUCCACCGCUCAAGAGAAUCUCGACCUGCAGAUGUGCACAGAGUUGCUGACGCGAGAGCUGGGAAAGGUCAUGUUGGACUCAUCGGGACACGAAGCCGACCCCUCUGCCUUGCAGAUUAAACUCAUGACCGAGGCGUACGAGAGACUCAGGGGCCGAGUCCUGGAAAUAAAGGAAUCGCAGCCGGAGGGACUGAGCGGUAUAGAGACCAUGUUCGACUCUUGGUUAGGCGCCCUCUAUGCACUACAUCAACGAUGGACGAUGGGAAUGAAUGUAUGAAUGUAUG